AUGUCAUCGAAACCUGAUAAUGAACAAGAUGUUGAAAACGCUUCGCCCACAAUAACGCCACCAUUGACUCCAGAGGCAAACGAGCCUUACAGCAUAUUCGACAGUCGACAAAGGGCCUUUAUCGUGAUUAUAGUCUCCACAGCAGCAACUUUCUCAGGAUUCGCGUCCAACAUCUACUUCCCGGCCCUCCCAACUAUCGCGAAGGACCUCAAUGUCUCUGUCGAACUCGUCAAUCUCACAGUCACUUCAUACCUCAUCUUCCAAGGAAUUGCUCCCAGUCUGUGGGGUCCCGUUUCCGAUGCCAAAGGACGUCGAGUGGCAUACUGCUGUACCUUUCUCGUCUUCGUUGGUGCAUGUAUCGGCCUUGCUGAGACCAAGAACUAUGCCACUCUGAUUGUCCUCCGAUGUCUCCAAAGCACAGGAAGUGCGAGCACAAUUGCUAUUGGCUCUGGUGUCAUUGGAGACAUCACCACUCGAGCGAACCGCGGAAGUCUCAUGGGCAUCUUCCAAGCCGGCUUGCUCGUUCCCGUCGCCAUUGGUCCUGUGAUUGGAGGUGCUAUUGCUGGGUCAUUAGGAUGGAAGGCUAUAUUUUGGUUUUUGACAGCAUAUGGUGGUGGUUUCUUGUUGUUCCUCAUUGUCUUUCUGCCCGAAACCCUUCGAUCCAUUGUCGCAAACGGCAGCCGAACUCCGUCAUCGCUCAUCGGAAGAUAUCCUCUUACCAUAUACCAAAGACUCUCAAAAAUUGAAUGGAACCGGGAGGCAUCUACCGCAGCGCCAGAUGCGAAAAAAAGAAUUGAUAUUUUCGGUCCGUUCCGAAUCCUCAUCAGCAAGCACGCCACUCCCAUUAUUGUCUUCCUGUCCAUCUAUUAUGCCGUCUGGCAAAUGAGCAUCACUGCCAUGUCAACUCUCUUUGAGCAAAAGUACAACUUGAAGGAGACGCAAAUCGGUCUUACAUUCAUUGCCAACGGAGUAGGCUCCAUGGUAGGAACCCUCAUCACGGGCAAAAUCCUCGACAAGGACUACAAAAAAGUCAAGGCCGCCUAUGACGCUCAAGUGGCCCAGGCGGAUCUUGAAAAUGGCAGCCAACUUACACGCUCUGCCACUCAAUCGGAGGAAGACUUCCCCAUUGAAAAGGCUCGCUUGCGUCUGAUUCCCAUCUUUUCCAUCAUCCAAUGUCUGUCGAUUCUCUUGUUCGGCUGGACAAUCAACUAUCCUCAUCGUGUCCCCAUCGCGAUUCCCAUUAUAUCCACAUUCAUCACUGGCUGGACCGCCGUCUCGACGCAAUCCACCAUCAUGACAUACCUCGUCGACAUCUUUUCAGACCGGAGCGCCGCGGCCAGCGCCAGCUUGAACCUCGCGAGAUGUCUUUUUGCUGCCGGCGGCACCAGCCUUGUGAUGCCAAUGGUGAACGGUAUUGGCGUUGGACUGGCAUUUACCAUUUGCGCCAUUGUACAGUUCGUUGCGCUUCUAGGACCGGCCAUCCAGUGGAAAUUUGCUGCUGGUUGGCGGAAGCAAGCCCGGAUGCAGAGAAAGUAA